AGGAUGGGAAAAGUAGAUUACGAUGAAAAACCUAUACAAUACGAUCCUGAUUUCCAUGGACCUGUUAAAAGUAGAUCCUGCACAGACAUUUGUUGCCUGAUUGUAUUUCUGGCCUUUGUCGUAGCCUGGAUUGGUAUCGGUAUAUAUGCCGUCCAAAAUGGAGACAUCGACAAAAUUUUGAAUCCAGCCGAUUCUCUUCAGAGAAAAUGUGGAGUGCAUCCUGACGUCAAGGAUAAACCUUAUUUGUUGUAUUUCGAUUUGUUGAAAUGUGCACAAAAUGGCCCUUUGCACAGCCCUUGCUUUACCCCACGGGUUUGUGUCGAGAAAUGUCCAGACGAAGACUUCUCAUUCAAUGACGAAUAUAUAAAAAAGACAGAUUUUGUGACUUUACGCGAAAAAAUAAUUUGUAAACCCGAAGUCAACAUGACGAGAGAUUUGUUCGAUUAUAAAUCAGCCAGGGAAUUAAUUGAAAAUAGAGAUUGCUUGGGGUCGUAUUUUAGGAGUAAACCGAUUCCAUCUUCAAAUAUUUGUGUUCCUCGAAAUAUGAAAAAAAUUUCAAUGAAGUAUGGCUUAGAACCAGAUGCUCUGAGAAAUGCUUUUAUGUCUGCCAAAAACCUGACAAGAGAUGGUGACGUUUCCAGCAAAGUAGUUGAAGAUUUAUCAGCGAUUUGGUGGCAUAUUGUUUUAUUAUUAUUGGGCUCUAUGGUGGUCUGUUUGAUCUACAUCGUCGCCAUGAGAUGGUUAGCGGAAUUUUUUGUCUGGUUUUCGAUUGCACUCAUUACUGUUUUACUUCUUGCAGGACUUGGUGUAAGUUUCUAUUUCUUUGCAAAUCCAAACGGCGAUGAUGUUUUAAAAUAUUUCGCUUUGGCUGGAGGAGUACUUUUUGGAAUUAUGUUAUUAUUUUUGUUUAUUAUAAUAUGUUGUGGGCGAAGGAAUAUCAAGAUAUCGAUAGCCCUUAUCAAGUUAAGCGGAAGGGCAAUAGGGUCAUUACCAUCAACCCUGAUCUUUCCCUUGUAUCCAUGGUUAUUGCAAUGUCUGGUUUUGGCUUGUGCAGUUGUCAUUGCAAUGUAUUUGGCAUCAAUGGACAACAAUGGUUCAAGUGCUUUAAAUCCUUUUCCUUUUAACCAGGAACUUAGAAUAUACGACUACACGAAUUCUAAGGGCGAUGGGGUUGUUGAAUCUUGGAACUGUUCCAAGUACUUGAGUAGUUUUGGGACUGAACAAAUGGUGUCCCUUCCCUGCGACAAAGAUUUCGUUGCACAAAAUUGCAUGAGAACGACUUACGAGAGCAAAGGGUCGAUAAUAAGUUACAACGAAUACAACACUAAUUUGAGACCAUUCGAUGCAUAUGAAGAUUGCAAAAUGACUAAAAGAGAUUUCGGCAAUAACGAGGAGGAUCCAGAUUUCUUACCUUUGAUAUUCCAUGCUUACAACGGUAUAGCAUUCGUGUGGUUGGCUAUUUUUAUAUCAAUGAUGGGCGAUAUGGUUUUGGCCAUGUCUUUUGCAACCUGGUACUGGACUUUUAAUAAAAGUGAUGUUCCAUUUUUCACCGUUUUCCAGUCAAUUGUUAAAACUUACACAUACCAUACAGGAACCUUGGCCUUCGGCUCAUUGUUAAUAACAAUAUGCAAAAUUAUUAGAUCUUUUUUGAAGAAAAAUCAAAAUCAGGGAAAUCCAUGUGUAGCCUGUCUUAUUUGUUGCUGUAGAUGUUUGUGUUGGUGUAUUGAAAGAAUCAUCAAAUUUAUUACUAAGUAUGCUACUAUAAUGUGUGCAAUUCAUGGUAAAAAUUUCUGUGUCAGCGCUAAAAAUUCUAUGUCCCUGAUUUUGCGAAAUGUUGGAUUGUUCAGUAUUGGAAAUUUUGUGACCAGUAGUUUGCUCCUAAUGUCCCAACUCCUGGUAACAGCCGUAAUGGGUAUCAUAGCAUAUGCGGUAUUUGGUAACGAUUGGAUACCACUUGAAGAAGACAAUACCAUCAACUAUUGGUACAUGCCAGUUGCCAUAGUUGUGGUUGGAACUUUGAUAGUCACGACUAUAUUUUUCGGAGUAUAUCAUAUGGCCAUCGACACUAUUGCCCUUUGCUUUUUGGAAGAUUGUGAAAGAAACGAUGGAUCAUCUCAACGACCUUACUACAUGUCCACCGAGUUGCUGAGGAUUAUGGAAAAAACUAAUAAGCAGCAAUAA